AUCACUUCAUAGCAAAAUUCACAAUUUUUAUUUUUGAGUUAGAAUUUCGUUCCGUUAUGUUAUAGUAUGAAAUCCCCACUUUUUUAUUUUUUAAUUUUGAAGAUCUUUUUGAUUUGGGUUUUGGUGUGGACUUGAGUUUCUGUCACUGUCUUCGGAAUCUAUCUAUUCUAAUCCCUUUUUUUGUUGUUGUUCAUAGCUUUGUUUGCUUGGAAUUUUAGAUCGGGGGUUUUACUUUCCGAUAAGGGUUUUUUUUUUUUUUUUUUUAUGGGGUUGUUGGGUUCAUAAAUUUUUGAACCCGCGAGCGUUGACCCAGUUGCGAAAUCGGAGUUUCCCGAAAAAAAAUUUCAUUUUCUUUUUCAUUGGGGUUCAGAUGAAGUGGAUUUCUGAGAUGAGUCGAUUCAGAAAUCCCAAAUCUGGGUCCGAUUUUUGGUGUAGUUGAUAGGGUAAAUUUUCGAUUGGAUUUGUAGUUAGCGAGAGUUUUGAACUAUGGAUGGCGAUUCUAAGGAUGUUAAUGGCUGUAAAGAGAAGACUAUGGACUCUGCAGCUGCCGGAGAAGUUGGGGAUCACAGUAACGGCGAAGAAUACAGUGAAUCGAAUGCCCUAUUGCCGCCGCGCCGCGGUGGAAUGUCGAGGAAAUUGAAUAAGCCGAGGAUGAAAGUUCGGUGGAAUGAUAGUAAUGGUAAUAACCUAGCAGAGAUUUUGGAGUUUCAACCAAGUGACGUGAGCGACUCCGGUGACGAGGAGGCUGAUUCUUGCAGCUAUUGCUGUGCUACUACAACGACUGCCAGAGACGUUCAAAGAUCGGUUCAAUGAUAUGUUGUUACACCACGCAGUUUCUCGCGAUGUGUCCCAGUGACAUCUUGUACUGUUUCGGUUUUUUCAAAUUAGUAAGAUGACCUUCCAGGUGACAAUAUACUAUAUGGAUGAUGAUCAUAUAUAUUGAUAUUAUUAAGUGAAACAUUCAGAUUAGUUGAGCUUUUGACAGUGCAAAUAUACAUUGUGUAAUGCCAACACUUGGAAUUUUUCAUAUACUCAUCAUGAAUUCUAGAGCUUCGCUUCUCCA